AUGGGAAAGAGGUUCAAUACUCGUUGUUUUUUAGAUGUCAAAAUAGGUGAAGCCGAACGUAAGUGUAUAUGUCGAAUUCAUUUGUUCCUUUUUUUAGCUGAACGCAUUGUUGUUGAGUUGUUCGAUGAAAAGUGCCCUAAAGCGUGCGAUAAUUUCAAGAAACUUUGUCAAGGAAUCUGUGGUAUUGGUUUGAAGACUGGAAAGGCUUUGCAUUAUCAAGGGUCUACCUUCCAUCGCAUUAUCAAAGGUUUUAUCAUCCAAGGUGGUGAUUUUAGCAAUGGCGAUGGGACUGGUGGUGAAUCAAUUUAUGGGGGCACAUUUGCUGAUGAGGACAUGUCUUUGCUUCACGAUAGACCAUUUCUUCUUUCAAUGGCCAAUCGCGGCCCAAAUACAAACGGCUCGCAGUUUUUUAUCACAACUGCUCCUGCACCUCACCUAAAUGGGAAGCACAUGGUUUUUGGGCAUGUGUUGACUGGACAGGAAGUGGUGAUCAAAAUAGAGGCAGUGCCCGUUUCCGAUACUCGCAUUUACAAGCCAAUAAAGCCUGUUGUAAUCGUAAAUUGUGGCGAACUUGUUCCAGGUGAGAAGGUCAUUCAUUUCGAUCAAAAAGUGUAG